AUGGACACUUUCAAUGAAACAGAUAGCGAUGAUGUGUAUGAGUACCAAGAGGAGGAGUCCUAUGAUGAGCAAUUAUUCAAAUCAGAUAGCGAUGAUGUUAGCGGUCAGUUAGCAAAUUCCAUGGGAUCUUUGAGUGUAUCGAACUCCAGCAGAACUCAGUUAUGGCCUUAUAGGAAGGGAGAUAGCUUAGAUGUCAGUAUAGCCCAUAAUGGAUAUAAUAUGGCAGUUACUAAAGAUGCGCCUAUAUCGACAGCUGACUACUUAUGCUUGACAGAUAAGGAAUUGUAUGAGAUGAUAGAAGAGAGGGCAGGGUUGUUAAAACAGGUUUUGGACCUUUCGCUCUCCAGUGUGAUCGUACUACUGCAAAAGUAUAAUUUAGAUGAGGAAAGAUUGAUUGAAGAGUAUACUGAAAACGCUGAGUCUGUUUUAAAGGCUUCUGGAUUGCAAGGUAAUGAAUCUCAAGAUAAAUUAGUUCAAAAGCAUAUUCGAAGUAACUUCUCUUGCUUUAUAUGUUGUGAGUUGUAUGAUUCAGUACCCACGUUUUCUCUACAUUGUGGCCACGAGUAUUGUCUAGAAUGUUACCGGCGCUAUGUUAAAGAUAAAAUACAUGCUGGGAAAGUGAUAAAUUGUAUGGGAUGUGAUUUGGCACUAAAGGAUAAUGAUAUAGAUGAAAUUAUGGGUGACUCUGGUUCUAGUUCCUUACAUAUGCUCUCGUCCAUCAGAACCUUUAUUCAAAGCCAUUCUAAAAACUACAAGCGAUGCCCAGAUAAAGACUGUGAAUAUAUUAUUUAUUUACCGAACAACCUGAAUUUGGUAUAUCCAGGCAAGUACGAGAAGCCUACGUAUGUCACUUGCUAUAAAAACCAUAGGUUUUGCUUCAAUUGUUCAUUAGAAGUACAUGAGCCUUGCGAUUGCACAAUGGCUUCAAUUUGGGUUAAGAAAGCUCAAACUGAGUCAGAAAAUCUGAACCUGGUAUUGCGUAAUAUAAAAGCUUGCCCAAAAUGCAAAGCUAAUAUUGAGAAAGAUGGUGGUUGUAAUCAUCUAAAAUGUGGGAAUUGUUCGCAUGAGUUCUGCUGGGUUUGCGAAGAAGAUUGGAAUAAACAUUCUAACGGGUUUUAUCAAUGUUUACUAUACGACGGUGAAAAGAAACAUGGAAAGGGUACUCACGAUGAAUUAAUUGGAAGUAAAUAUUCUCACUAUUACAAGGCAUUUGGACUACAUGAGAGCUCUAUACAACUUGAUAUGAAGCUCGGGCAUAAUAUACAACAAAAAACAGAAUCUAUGCAAUAUAGAUUGGGGCUUUCAUCCAUUGAAUGUCAAUUCGUCCCAGAUGCGGUGCGACUCCUAAUUACGAGCCGUAACGUGCUCAAAUGGUCAUUUGCAUUUGCCUAUUUUUUGGACCGUUCGCAUAAUAUGUGUAAGAUUUUUGAACAACAUCAAAUGGAGCUGGCCAAACUUGUUGAAGAUUUAGCUCAGUUACUAGUAGUUGAAGAAAUGCAAGAAAUAUUACCUCGUAAAAAAGCGUUGUAUGAUAUAUCGGCACUCGUCGAGAAAAGAACGAGGGCUUUAGUAGGUAGUGGGGAAGAUCUUAUAAAAGGAAAUGUUUGUAUGUCAAGGAUAAUGCGUGAACGCAAGUAG